UUUAGAAAGUUGAGGACUAUAGGUGAAAAAAGGUGAAACCACAGGGACUAUCCGGGCAUUUUUCUCUAGAUAAUAUUUCCACCCAAUGAAAAAUAGAUAAAUAGAGCCCACUCAGCCCAGCCCAGUCCUUCCGUAACAAGCUUCGCGGUUUCUUUUUCCCCCUUUUGUGUAUUCAUUCUUUGUGCAACAUUUUGAAUCGGAAGAAGAAGAAGAGGUAUGGCGAAAAGCGAAGAAACGUCAUCAUCUUCAUCUUCUCGCCCAUGGGAGUCCUACCACACUGUUUAUACUAACGCCAAAGCAGGUAUGGAUGGGGUUGACAAGGAAAAAGUGCAAAGAGUAGUCUAUGAAAUGAGCAAAGGAUCUAAGUAUUUUGAGAAUGAGGAGCGGAAGGAGGCUUAUAUGAAACAAAAGAUUGAAAAUAUGCGAGCUCAACGUGCGAAGCUAAAGCCUGCUGAUAUAUCUCAUUAUCAAAGGGUUGCUGAUAAAAGAAUUGCAGAACUAGAAGCUACACGUGAUUUAACAAGGACGUGGUUGCAUGUAGACAUGGAUGCUUUUUACGCAGCUGUCGAAACCUUGAGUAAUCCAUCAUUAAAAGGCAGGCCAAUGGCUGUUGGCACCAUGUCUAUGAUCUCUACAGCUAAUUAUGAGGCGCGGAAAUUUGGGGUUCGUGCUGCAAUGCCUGGUUUUAUCGCCUGUAAAUUAUGCCCGGAGUUGAUAUUUGUGCCCACAGAUUUCAAGAAAUAUACAUAUUACAGUGACUUAACUAGAAAAGUCUUCCAAGAAUAUGAUCCCAAUUUCAUGGCUGCGAGUCUUGAUGAGGCCUAUCUGGAUAUUACUAAUGUCUGCAAAGAAAGGGAUAUUACUGUUGCUGAAGUCACUGAAGAACUUAGGCAAAAUGUAUACAAAGCUACUGGACUGACGUGCAGUGCUGGAGUUGCUCCAAAUCGCUUACUUGCAAAGGUGUGUUCAGAUAUAAAUAAGCCAAAUGGUCAGUUCCUUUUACCUAACGACCGGGCUGCUAUCAUGACAUUUAUAUCAUCACUUCCUAUACGAAAGAUUGGGGGAAUUGGUAAAGUCACAGAACAUAUCUUAAAAGAUGUGUUUGAGAUUAAAACAUGUGAAGAUUUGCUGCAAAAAAGCUCUUUCUUUUGUGCGUUAUUCUCCCCUUCAUCAGCAGACUUUUUUAUAUCCGUUGGUCUAGGGCUUGGAGGAACCGAUGCGCCUCAAGUUAGAUCGCGGAAAAGUAUGAGCAACGAGAGAACAUUUUCCGCAACUAAGGACGAAACAUUCUUCCAUCAGAAACUAGUCGAACUUUCAGAGAUGCUUUCUGCUGACAUGGAGAAAGAAGGUCUACAUGGACGAACACUAACACUAAAACUAAAGACUGCGUCGUUUGAGGUCAAAACUCGAGCUUUGACUUUGCAAAGUUCUCUACGGUCAAGUAAAGACAUAUUGAAACAUGCUUCAAAGCUUCUGAAGGCUGAACUGCCUGUAUCACUUAGACUCAUUGGACUACGCAUGUCUCAUUUCAACGAAGAUAAAGAUGGUACUCUGUCUGAUCCUACCCAAAGAACACUUCUUAAUUAUAUCAAACCGGGGGAUGAUAACACGAAUCUUGUGGAUGACGAGCAUUCAGAUGUUAAAGACCACUCUGAAUCACAUUGUUAUACAUAUACCAACCCAUCGCGUGACCCUUUGUCAGAGCUAAAUGAUAACAAUGAGCAAGUAGUGGAGGAUAAUGGCCUUGAAGAUCAUGAAUGCAAAGACCAGUUGAAUGCGGUGAAGUCUUCUGAAUUUGAUGCACAAGGGAUAGAGACACAUUCGCUAGAGGGAAGAAACCAGGAUCAGUUGACCAUGAUUGACUUUUCUGAGAAGGAAACCGGGUCUUCAUCAUCACAUGAUAAAGAAGCGUUAAUAUGGUUGGAAGAUUACAAGUGUUCACUAUGUGGUGUAGAGCUGCCGCCCAGUUUUUUGGAGGAAAGGCAAGAACAUGCUGAUUUUCAUCUUGCAGAAAAGAUGCAAAUGGAAGAAGAAUCUGCGCAUGCUUACAGAAAUCUUCCACUCAAGAACAGGAUGAGGCAGAAAGAGGCUGUAGUUGGCCAAAGCAAAGGCAGGAAGAAGCUGAAACAAUCUCCCUCAAAUGGUAAACACAUUCCCAUAGAUGCCUUCUUUUCAAAGGCAAGUCACAAUUUGUAAAAUUUAUGACGGUUGUUGUAUAGAAAUCCAAUAAUUGUAACGUAUCAGAGCAGUUCUAUUAUUUAUUUGUUUGUUUAGUUGGUCGUUUAAUCUACGACACUCACCAAUUGCAAGACUUUGGAUUCCGACUGAUAAACCAGUAGACCUGUUUUAUU